AUGAAGAUCCUACCGUCUUUCCUCCGUCUUCUAGGCAAUCUACUGGCCGUCAGUCUGUUGGCGUGCCUCUUCGUCACGGCGUUCAAUCUCGACUUCCUCCCGCGCGGUUUAUCGACGCGAUUGUUCGGACGAAGCCUUCCAGGAUCGCUGGUAACGGCUCCCCAAGGUGCAGUUGGCCAUCAACCUCCUCCAGGGCCCGUUGCCAACGAUGCGCGACCAACAGAGGCAAUGGCCUACAAGACCAUCACCACAACGAUCAUUACCCGAGAGACAACGCAUGAAUUGAGGCAGGCCUCGGCGGCAAUGAGAAACUCGUCAGCUCUGCAUGGACCCUCGAACAACGUUGUCGUAGUCACUGGGACUGUGACCAGGACACGGGUGAUGGUGGUACCUACACAGACAGCUUCCUCUGAAGGAAGUAGAGCGGCUACGAUGGUCAUUUCAAAUUCAAAUGUUCACAGCAUGCCCCGUUCUGGCCCUCUUCUGGCUGGCUCCCUGUGGGUGCAGCAUAAUCAGUAUCUAACCCUCGAGCACGCUCUGAUUGAUCAAAUCGGGGCUCAGUAG